AAGACCGCCGCGUCGUCUCGUCUUUGUGUUUAUCGCCUCUCAACUCAUCAACAAAAACAGAUCUAAAUCGCUCAAAGUCGUCGUCGUCUCUCUUCUCCCGAAACCAAAACGCUGUUUAUUAGAAAAAGUUAUGGCUGAGGCAACGUCUGCUUUGAGGAAGCCAGUGUUCACAAAGGUUAAUGAGCUGAGACCAGGAACCAAUGGUCACUCACUCAACGUCAAAGUUGUCAGCACUAAGAUGGUGAUGCAGAGAGGAGGUGGUGGUCGUCCCAGUGGUCCUCAGGCUCGUCAGAUGCGUAUUGCUGAGUGUUUAGUUGGUGAUGAGACUGGAAUCAUUAUCUUUACUGCUAGAAACGACCAAGUGGAUUUGAUGAAAGAAGGCAGUGUAGUGACUCUGCGCAAUGCAAAGAUCGACAUGUACAAGGGGUCUAUGAGGCUUGCGGUUGAUAGAUGGGGACGUGUUGAAGUUGCGGAAGAGCCUACAGACAUCACCGUCAAAGAUGAUAACAAUCUUUCGCUGAUUGAGUAUGAGCUUGUGAGCGUCGAAACUUGAUAUGUUUUCCUCCAACAAGAAAGCAGAGAGAGCGACUCAUAAAAAAACAACAAAAAGACUUAUAUUGCAAAAAAGCCUCUGUGGUUUGAGUUUUGCUAUCAGGUGGGUUUUGAGUCUUUUAUGUAUUAUCCUGCUUGCCUCUGAUUUACUGUUCUUUGUUUUGAAAAUCUCAGGUUGCCCUCUUUUUUUUGUAGAUUGAUUCUCUCUAUUUACACAUAUCAUGGGAUCUUUCUCUUGUUUUUAGUUUUCGUAUUUUUAUUUACAUGGAAAAUUUUAUAAAUGGAUACUCUCACGCAGAGAUUAGUUUGGUCCAA